AUGGAGGCUGAGUAUGUUGCAUGUUAUGAGGCUUCGAUUCAGGGAUUAUGGUUGCGGAACUUCGUCUCCGUGUUUAAGGCCUUAAGUUUUGUUGACAAACCCUUGACUCUUUACUGUGACAAUAAAGCUGCAAUCUUCUUCUCUAAACAUGAUAGGAUAUCUAAAGGAGCCAAGCAUAUGGACCUUAAGUAUCUAUCACUGAAGCAAGAUGUUAAAAGAGAAAAGUUUGUCAUUGAACAUAUAGGCACUAAACUCAUGGUUGCAGACAUAUUUACAAAAGCAUUACCUCCUAAGACAUUUAAGAAGAAUGAUGAAAGUAUGGGUCUUGUGGAUAGUUUUUAA